AUGAAGAAAGAUGAGGAUGAUUCAGAUGGAUGGAUCAAGAUGGCAAAGGACUGGAUACAUAAUUUAGCUAAAGGUCGUAGUGGAAUUGAAACCCAAUCUCUUCAACAUCUCCACUCAAUCCAUGCCCAAAGAGGCUUAGUUCGAUGCAAUUUCAUAGUACCUAAAAGCUUAUCUGAUAGAGAAGGAAAUUGGCAUGGAGGAGCAAUCGCAACCCUGAUUGAUAUCAUUGGUGCUGCUGCUAUUGUCACCGUUGUUGGUAACGUCAACGUCUCUGUUGAUUUCAGCAUAUCCUACUUCUCGACGGCUAAGAUUGGUGAAGAAGUAGAGAUUGAGGCUAAAGUGUUGGGACGCCAAGGAAAUCUAUCUUCAAACAUGGUGGUGAUUAGAAACAAAGAAAAUGGUGAGUUAAUUGUUGCAGGGAAACAAUGGAUGUCUGCAUUGUGGUAUUUUCUGUGGUUAUAA